AGUGGGCAGAAAGGGGAAGUUCACGUGCUAUACAUUUAAACCUAACGGAUUUUAAAAACAGACCUCUGAUAUGAUUAAUGAUAAUAUUUCCAUCCUGUUAGAAAGUGAAAGAACAACUGAGCAGAGGAAGUAUUUCUGUUCCUAGAAAAAGGACAGGAGAACUUGUUGCAAAACUGUUGAAGAAAAGUUGACAUCUCAUCAUUCCUGAGAAGACUCUCCCACAGCUGUCCCCCUCAAUCUCACUGCCAAAUAUUCCUUCACACGUCUGUAAUGGCCAACUCCACAGAACGUAGCAUAACCCCCACUGAAAGCAAAUCUGACACAUCACCCAUAUCUAUUCAGGGACCAUACUUUGAAGCCAUAGUUGGAGUUGUCAUUGCUGUGGUGGUUCUGGUCCUGAUCCUCCUCCUGGCCGUCAUUCUGCGAUACCUGUAUAAGCACAAGGGCACAUAUCAUACCAAUGAGGCCAAGGGCACAAAGUUCGCGGAGACAGCAGACGCUGCUCUGUGUGGAGACCCUGCCCUGCAGGACGCCAUGGAUGAGAGCAAGAAAGAGUAUUUCAUAUGAGACACAAUAGCUGGCCUUUUAUACACAUCAUAUAAUAAACUCCUACAGGCACACAUGACGCCUCAAUCCUGUUUGCUGGAGCGGUGAAGUAACUGUUUUCUAACAGAAACAAACGUGUGAAAUGUCUUCUAUAUUUGAGAUUGUGCAUAUUUAUUUGUUCCUCAGAAAGAGGUAAUAUUGAGUACAGAUGAAAGAAUACGCCACACUCCUUGUAAAGCUGAGCGUCUGAACAAACAUCAGCUCAGGAGAAUGAGAUGCUAUUCAGAUGAAGGGAAGGAAAGUCUUUGAUCUCGUUAGACAGAAUGUGAAUGAUAGGGGAUAUAUGAAGACAUUGAAAUCAACACUGUUA